GCAAGACUGGCCGUCGUCUCUGACUCUCGCGGUACUGCUGCACGAAGAUGGCGGCCGAACUGGUGGAAGCGAUGAAUAUGGUCAAAAGUUUCCGGGUCUCAGACCUGCAGACGCUGCUGGCCUCAAUGGGUCGCAGCAAAAGUGGGCUGAAGCAAGACCUGGUGGGGCGUGCGUUGAGGCUAGUGCAGACCGAAUACAGCCCAGAGCUGUUGAAGAACGUCCGGCAGCUCUACGAGUCACGUUUCCCUAAAACAUCUGGUUGGCUGGCUGCACGGCGUCCGGAAAGUGUCCCAGUUAACUACUCAUCCCUCAGCUCUUCCCCUACUGCCACCUCUCAGGGCGCAGACUACCUCAACGGCAUUUCCAAACCGAUCACCACACCUGCAGCAGAGGUGAAGCUAGUGCCACUGCCCUUCUACCAAACUUUAGAGACACUGCUACUACCAACAGAGCUAAUUGCCCAGAACAGUGAGAAACUCCAGGACAGUCAGUGCAUCUUUGAGUUAACACCCAGCCAAGCAGACCAGAUUCGAAAUGCAAGUGAACUUCGUCCAGGAAUCCGAUCAAUCCAAGUGGUUCUUAGAAUCUGUUACACAGACUCCAUUGGUGUUCAGGAGGACCAGUAUCCUCCCAACAUAGCUGUCAAAGUUAAUCAGUCCUACUGUCAUGUGCCGGGAUAUUAUCCUUCCAAUAAGCCUGGUGUUGAACCUCGUCGUCCUUGUCGUCCUAUAAACAUCACUCCGUGGUUGCACCUCUCCAAUGUCACCAACAGAGUCACCAUCACCUGGGGAAACUUUGGAAAGCGUUACUCUGUGGCGGUGUAUUUAGUGAGGGUGUUCACCGCAGCAGACCUCUUCAGCCAGCUUAAACUCUGCUCAGUUGAGAGUGCAGAACGCUGCCGUGAGCGCAUACAAGACAAACUACGCUUCGACCCAGAGAGCGAGAUUGCGACCACAGGACUCAGAGUGUCUCUCAUCUGUCCACUGGUGAAGAUGCGGCUUGGGGUGCCAUGUCGAGUGUUAACUUGUGCCCACCUUCAGUGUUUCGAUGCAGUCUUUUUCCUUCAGAUGAAUGAAAAGAAGCCCACAUGGACUUGCCCAGUCUGUGACAAGCCCGCUCCAUUUGAGCUCCUCACUAUUGAUGGGCUGUUAUCUGAGAUUCUAAAAGAAACGAGUGAGGACAUUGAGGAGAUAGAGUACUUAACAGACGGCUCCUGGCGACCCAUCAGAGAUGAGAAGGAGAGGGAGCGGGAAAGAGAACGCAGUAACACACCUGACUACCCAGUUGUUGAUAUAUGCAUUCCUGAAGCAAAUGGCCAUUCACCAGCCCACAGCAGCACUAGUCUGACGGCCAAGUCUGGAAGCAGUUCUGUGGGGAUGCCAGGAGUCACGGGAGCACCUGCUGUGGCACCGGGUGGAGGUGCGGUGGUAGAUCUGACUCUUGACUCUUCCUCUGAGGAGGAGGGGGGCGGGGUUGGAGGAGACAGUGAGGACACUGAGGACAGCGCCGACAGUCCUGCCCCAAAGAGGGGCCGAUACAACUAUGACAAGGACCUGGUCACUGCCUACUGACCCCACCACUCUGUCCCCUCUUAGACUGACACACAGAGACAGAGAGGCAGGGGCCUUAAAACGUGAGGACAGGAACACAGUAAUCCACUAGAUGCAACAACCCGCCCUUUUGCCCCAGCGUCAGAGCCUUUUAGCAGCUCUGGUUUAUAUCCAGGCAGGCAGACAAACACGCACUCAAACAUGCACUGUCCAUGGUUCUUCAGUCUACAGUGAUAAGGAUUCCUCUUUGUACUGUACACCACUGGAAGCUACUCUUACACUUCUUGAUCAAUUGUCACCCUACAGUGAACAUCUGUACUGUCCUGCCUCUGCUGAAGAGACUGAAUGGAUUGAGCACCCCACCACAGUCACGACCCUUGCUUCUCUCUUUCCAGACUAUUCCCACUCCGACCCCGUCUCUCUUUGUAUAUGACUUGGAAUUCCUGGCUCUUUUAGCCAUGGGCGUUCAAUGUUUGCGUCUCUGAUUUUUGUCACAGUUGUGAUGCACAGGCAAGUUGAAAAUGGAAGCUCCUCAGUAGUUUUUGGUAGAAGGUGGAAAACAAGUGAAAACAUUUGUGGGAGGACACAGCAGAGAUAUCUGAAGUGUGAUGCAAAUUUAAACCUUUCCUAUUUUGUUCUUUGUUGACAGAAUGAAUUCAAAGCUUGAAAGGGUUUUUUCAGGAAUUUAUCAUUUUUAUUAUGAAAUGGCAGGACACAAUACUGGCUUCAGUGUGUGAUUUCCAUUUUUAUUUUGUCCUUAGAUAAAAAGAACCUACCUCAGUCAUAAAAACUUGGCAGACUGACCAGAGAGUAGCUUUGAAAGAAGACGGAAGAAUUGACGAGUUUUUCUGAAUCCAAUUUUACACUGGAUAUAGUGUUUUCCUGCAUUUUGUUGUUGUUUGUUUUGUUUUUGUUUUUUAUUCCAUUGUUUCAUUCAGCUCUGAUCCCUCUGUAACAAAAAAAGAAAAACCUUGGUUGAAGUAGAGUUCGAGUAUGAAUAACCAGGCUAACUGUAGGAGUGAGAGACAUUCAAAAACUGGUCAGCAACUGUUUCACUCUGUAAAACAUUUCUGCAGUUGUGUCUGUAACAGGAUUUCUUAGGAUUGGUAUCUCAGAAUUCCACAUGGAUCUAGCUCAUCAAAAUUACUGCGUGGCAGCUAUGCCAAAGCAGACAUCUUUUAAGAGUUCACUGAGGGGAAAUGGUUAUGAGGUGCCUUUUUUGUUGAAGUAGUAAAGAGUGAAGCCUAUGGUUUUAAGCGCAGCUGAGCUAGCCAUUAGAUGAGAACCCCAGUCCGCGACAGCAUGUUUAAAUCAAUAUUUUCCAGUCAAGUGGACAGAACAGGAUUUCAGAGUCAUCAUUUUAUCCCACAGUUGUGACCUGCUUUGAAACUAUCAUAUUUAUUUAAGACCUUGACAUUCUCUUAAUAGUUUGUGGUAAAUCUACAUAAUUCUUGGCAUAGUUUUGUAUAGACUGGAGCUCUUGAUUGCUGGUAUUUGGUGUGGAGAUGUACAUUGAUCUGUGCUCACGGCUCUGCUGUUGAACGCUGCUUUCUUUGCCACUGAAUGAAUCCGACCUGGGUCAAAGUGCCAUUCGGAGUAUUUUGCUGCAGUGGGUUCAACAUGUCUGACACAACAAAACUUAAUGAAGUGUCAUCAAGUGCAACCCCAACAAGUUGAAAGUCAUUGAUUAGGUUACAGAUGGUCGUGUCUGGAACAAGUAGCGCGCUUCGACCAGCAGCCCUUCUCUGCCUACUUUCAAUGUAGAUAAGGUCAUAUCUAUUUGAUGCUAUAGAAUUGGACUUUAAUUGCUACAUGCUGUAGGCUUACAACUUCCUCUGCACCUGCACUAAUAUUGUCUGUAUGUGAUGGCUGCUCCUCACACAGGGAUCAGUGUUUUCUCUGCAUUUACUGCUUGGGAUUGGUGGCAGUGUUAACCACAGCUACAACUUCGAUUUUUUUUUCCCGUUUUCUUAUUCUAGAUUUGAUUGUAGAGUUUUACCCAAUUCUCUGUUGUAAAGCAUUUUUAUAGAAGCUUGUAGCUAAUCUUGCAGAUACCCGUCUUGUAGGCCCAGAGGAACACUGGCUCGGAUCCUAUCCUCCUGUUCUUGGUCAGUGCUGUAACAUUAUCGGCAGAAGGAGUGGCUUCUUGGAGUAACAUUAGAGUUGUUGUAUUUACUUCACCUGUCUGCUCCGCUCUGUGCCACCCCCACUGGGGAAGCAGUAAGAGAGACUCUGGGCAUGCACUUGGGUUUAUCUGCAGGGGGAUCAUCAGUGUUGGUUUGAGAAGAAGAAAAGAAAAACUUGCUAGAGCUGUUUGCACUUUCAUGUGAUGCAUUCAUCAACUUAAUAAUGCUUUAUUUAUUUUAAAAGCUCCCAUGUAGUGCGAAUUAAGGGACCCCCGCCCAUUGUGAACAUUUGUCAUCAUUCGUCUUGUCCAUACGAAUCAGAAAAUGUGAAAGUGGACGCAGUCCUAUUCCACCGUGACAGGGUUGGAAAGGCGUUCUGCACGUUUUGCUUCCCUUCGCUGUCAGCGCAGGAUUUCUUUUGACUUGCUCAAGUGCACAGAAAUGACAUAUACACAUCGAUCUGAGGCCUCACUGUUCCAAGUGCAUCCUCUGACAUCGUUGAUGAUUGGAAAAAGUAGAUGGAGUCAAAUGUGGUCUUCCAUUUUUCUUCUUUUGACGGCUCACAAAAUCAAUAUACAGAUAGAAAAAUAUUUUGGGAAUCCGCACAAGACUGAUUGAUGGCAUUUGGCCUCUAACGCAUCAGUGUGUCCCUGAAAAGAUAUUUAAGGUGCUUUGAAGCAAAAUAUUGUAAAGAACUCUAAUAGCUGCCUUUAAGGCAUUCUGCAUUUGUAAUUAACUGCUAUACAUAUGAAAAUCACAUUUUUCAUUCGUUGCUAUGUUAGAGAAGGUCAUUAUUUGUGUGGCUCUCCUAAACUUCUCAUUGCCUUAUGGUUAAAGAUGAGAGAUGGUGCAGGUAGUUGCUGUGGAACUGAGCCAGGUAAUUUUGCAGAUUGGGAGCUAGACAGCGAGCUGAGGGUCUGGUGUUUUUGUAGUGGCAUCUCUUCUUGUAAUAAUGCAUAAGGUAGCAUGAGCAGAGGCUUACAAUCCAUGAUGUAAAUGUUUUGUUUUGUUUUGUUUUUUUGUUGUUUUUUUUUUUAUAUAUGUUCAUAUUAAAGACAAUAAAAUUUAAAUAAUAUUUUAUUAAGCCUUGAAUUGCCUCCAGUUCCUAUAGGCAAGUGGAAAAUAAGAAGUUGUAGAGGGCAGCAGCACUGGAAGCUGAUGCCAUUGACGACUGGAAGGACUGGUUAACAUGUGGAUUGUCAUGUUCUGUACCAAAAGCUCAGAUCUGGGGACUCAUUUGAUGCCUGUUGAGGAUAAAACUGUAAAAUUAAAAAAAGAAAAAAAAUGAUCGUAUUCUAACAGCUGUUAUUGACGUGUGGAAUUAAUUAAAAAUCAGUUCUUAAAAA